UCACUUAGCCGCCCACAAUAUGUAUAUAUACGAAGUUCACUUCUUUUGCGCAUUGUAGAAGUUGAGUACAAUUUAUCAUGGCACCUUCACUAUUCCUGGCUUUCCUAUUACUAUCAUCAGCUGCAUCAUCGGCAAAUUCAUCUCCUAUUAAAGAUUCUUUCAUUCAAUGUCUCAAUUCCAAAACUGAUCAAUCUCAAGUUCCUCUCACCACGUUUUUCUCCCGGGACAUCAAUUCGUCGCUAUUCACUGCUCUGCUCGAAUCGUCGGCCCAAAACCUUAGGUACUUGAGACCCUCCAAGCCGAAACCCGAAUUCAUCUUCACUCCGUUGACCGAAGCCCAUGUCCAAUCAGCAGUUGUUUGCUCAAAAAAGCUUGGCGUCCACAUGAGGGUCCGAAGCGGGGGCCAUGACUAUGAGGGCAUCUCAUAUGUUUCUGAGAUUGAGACCCCUUUUAUCGUGGUCGACAUGUUGAGGCUUCGCUCUGUGAGCGUCGAUAUUGACAGUAGCACGGCGUGGAUUCAGGCGGGAGCAACCAUAGGAGAAGUUUAUUAUAAGAUCUCUGAGAAGAGCAAAGUCCAUGGAUUCCCUGCCGGCCUAUGCACGAGCCUUGGAGUCGGUGGGCAUAUUACCGGAGGUGCCUAUGGGUCGAUGAUGAGAAAGUAUGGCCUUGGGGCAGACAAUGUUCUCGACGCUCGAAUAGUAGAUACUAACGGGACCAUUUUAGACCGAUCGGCAAUGGGAGAGGAUCUAUUCUGGGCAAUCCGAGGUGGCGAUGGGGCGAGCUUUGGGGUGAUCCUCUCCUGGAAAAUAAGGUUGGUUCCAGUUCCCGAAUCCGUGACGGUCUUCACUGUCACCAGGACACUAGAACAGGGCGCCACAAAGUUACUGUAUAGAUGGCAGCAAGUGGCAGAUAAAUUGGAUGAAGAUCUCUUCAUUCGGGUCAUCUUCCGAGUGGCUACUGUCGGGGAGAACAAGACCGUGAGUACAUCAUACAAUGCCCUUUUCCUCGGAACCGCCGACAGGCUUCUCCAGGUAAUGGAGGGGAGUUUCCCGGAAUUAGGGCUAACACUAAGCGACUGCAUUGAGAUGAGUUGGAUCGAGUCGGUUCUCUACAUCGCUGGGUGGCCAGGCGGGACUGACCCUGAGAUUCUUGUCCAGGGCAAAUCCUUGUUCAAGAACUACUUCAAGGCGAAGUCAGACUUCAUCACGGAGCCGAUACCCAAACCUGCCCUGGAGGGGCUAUGGGAGUGGCUAUUCAAAGAUGAAGGCCCGCUGAUGAUAUGGAACCCGUUCGGGGGCAUGAUGAGCAAGAUCCCCGAGUCCGAAAUCGCAUUCCCUCACCGGAAGGGGAACAUAUUCAUGAUUCAGUACCUCUCGAACUGGCAAGAGCGCGGCGUGGAUGAAGCCAACAGGCAUAUGGAGUGGAUCAGGAGGCUUCACAAGUACAUGAAACCUUACGCAUCAAGAACCCCUAGAGCUGCCUAUAUUAAUUACAGGGACCUCGAUUUGGGCAUGAACUGGAUGACUACGGAUACUGAUGUCAAUGACGAUAACGGAUGUAUAAGGGCUCGGAGUUGGGGUGUUAGAUAUUUCAAGGACAAUUUCAAUAGGUUGAUGGAGGUGAAGACCAGAGUUGAUCCUGAAAACUUCUUUAGGCAUGAACAGAGCAUCCCACCUCUCCCUGUUUCUUCCAAGGAAAAAGCUUGAAGACUGAAAUGAGAAGUGGGUCAGAGAGAUCAAGUCAGACAGUUUGUUUGUAGAAAACACACACUUCUGUUAUGCAGCGGUUGUAUUUAUGUUUGUGUCUUCUUUUUUCCACCUUUUUCUUAUGUUUUUAUGCUUCAAGGUUCAGUACUGUACAGACAGUUUAAUAGAGUUUUACUC